AUGGUUACCCCAAUAACAGUUAUAUUACACAGAACUCAUCUUACGAACAAAACUGAGGAAACGGCAAGAAAGGGAAUCUUAAAAAUGAAUGUUGAGACCAAAGAAAUAUCCUAUGAGAACAAUCUGACUGUGGUCACUGAGUUUUUCCUUUUAGGCUUUCAAGUCAGCCAAGAUUUAAGAAUUCUCCUGUUCUGUCUUCUCCUGGUGGUUUACUGUGGGACAAUAUGUGGGAACGUAUUGAUCAUCGCCCUAGUGUCCACCAGCAGAAAUCUCCACACUCCAAUGUACUUCUUCAUCUCACAACUGUCUAUCAGUGACAUCAUAUUGACCACAGACAUUGUCCCCAACCUGCUCUACAUCCUACUGAAUAAUGGGGCGAACAUUACUUUUAUAGACUGCUUCACUCAGUUUUAUUUUUUUGCUGCUGCAGAAAGUUUUGAAUGUUUUCUUCUCACUGUGAUGUCUUAUGACAGAUAUGUGGCCAUCUGUAAUCCCCUCCGUUAUACUUCUAUCAUGCGAAGUGGACAUUGUGUGAUUUUGACAAUCAUUUGUUGGUUUCUUGGGUUUUCUAGUGUUUUGCUUUACAUCAUAAAAAUUGCAAAGCUAGAUUUUUGUGGCCUGAACGUCAUUGACAAUUUAUUCUGUGAUUUUCUCACCUUACUAGACCUUGCAUGUUCUGACACCUUCAUUCUUCAUAUGGAGAUGUAUUUACUAAGUAUUGUAACCAUCUUUAUUCCAACCACAAUCAUUAUAGUGUCUUAUACGUGUAUUGUUAAAUCAGUCUUAAAGAUCCCAUCCAGCACUGGUAGACAGAAAGCCUUCUCCACUUGUAGCUCCCACCUCAUUGUGGUCUCCAUAUUCUACUGGACUAUGUUCAGUGUUUACGUCGCCCCAACAAAAGGCCUAACGCUCUCCAUAAGUAAAAUCCUAUCUCUUCUAUAUACUGUCUUUACUCCUUUUAUAAACCCCAUUAUAUACAGCCUGAGAAAUAAAGACAUUAGGAAAGCCGUACAGGAAAUAUCUCAUAAGUUUGUUUAA